AUGGACUCACCUCACUCGUGGAAGCCUCCACCCCCCGACGUGCUCAAGAUAAACGUGGAUGGGUCCUUCGUACAAGAAACGGGGGAAGGGGCGAUAGCCUGUGUGUGUCGUGACAGCCAUGGUUUCCUGAUCGACAUCUUCGCCCCAACGGUGAGAGUGAACUCGGCGAUUCAAGUGGAAGCGACUGCCAUUGUAGAAACCCCAAAGUACUUUCAAGGAAGAACCGAAUCGGCGUUGGAGAUGGGAAACAGAUCAAGAAGAUCUCGGACGAGAGCAAGUUCGAGGUGGGUCCGGACAGAGGGCGCGUGGGGCAAGAGCGCGAGCAAGUACUAUGCCAAGGACGGUGUCGAGAUCAAGGAGGAGCAGAUCAAGGCCGGCGAAGAGAAGGCGAUGGGAAUGUUCAAAGCCAUCGAAGCCCAUCUCUUGGAAGACCCUGAUGCUUAA